UGAAAAAAUGUAAAAUGCAAUCUAUGUUAACCUACAAAUAGUAUCCUAGUCGACAAUAGCUGCCGGAAUCCUCCAAAACACGACAGAUCUCCCUCAAUUCCUCACCACAAUCGGCGAUUCUGUUUCUUACUUUUUUUUUAAUUUCUUCGGACACCGCGGCUACAAUAUGUGAUGCCUUGCCAUUUGAUGAAGAUAUGGACACCCUUGAGUGACACUUAUUGACAUCAUAAAAUUCAGUUAUUAAGCGACCGUGAUUCCAGUUUAUACUACAUUAGAAGGGUCUUCUGUGCUGCUAGAGGACCCUUCUGUUCACAAGAUUUCUGCAAUAAUAAAAAAAAAUCAUGCCAGCAAUACAGAAGCUUUACAAUACUUGUAAAGUAUCUCUGUCUCCUAAUGGACCCGUGUCUGAAGAGGCUCUCGAAAAAGUCCGUGCGCUCUUAGAUAAAAUCAAGCCAUCCGAUGUAGGGCUUGAGCAGGAAGCACAAUUAGCACGUUAUUGUAAUGGGCCUGUGAAUCAGCGUAACGGGGCCUGCCGAUCUUUACCGCCAAUUAAAUAUAUCCAUAUUCACGAGUCUGAGAGCUUCUCUAUAGGGAUAUUCUGCAUGCCACCAUCCUCUAUCAUACCACUUCACAAUCAUCCUGGAAUGACUGUGCUAAGCAAGCUUCUUUAUGGAACAAUGCAAGUUAAAUCUUAUGAUUGGCUUGAUUUGCCAUCUGAAGAUGCAUCAGCAAGACCUGCAAAGGUUGUGAAAGAUGGGCUGAUGAAUGGGCCCUGCUCGACAACAACACUGUAUCCAAAUAGUGGAGGGAAUAUCCAUAGUUUCAGAGCCAUAACUCACUGUGCUUUAUUUGAUAUAUUGUCACCACCUUAUUCUUCUGAAGAUGGUCGACACUGCACUUAUUACCGUAGGUCCCUUGGCGGAAAUCUACCAUGUAGCAUAGAGGUAGAUGGAGUAACAUGCUCAGAAGUUGCAUGGCUAGAAGAAUCCCAACCUCCUGAUGAUUUUGUGAUUCAAAGGGGUCAAUACAAAGGGCGUGCUAUCAAGACUUGAAGAAGAAAAACAUUUAUUUAUUAAUAUUAAUUCUUCAUCUUAAAUAGUGUUGGUAACAUAUAUUAUGCAAUGAAUUGAGGUGAAAAUAAUCCAAGUUUAUGAAAAUUAGGCAGGCAGAGGCAGGCUUUGUACAUACACAUUGUUUGUACCUAGUUUAGACCUUGAUGGAACCUAACAAACAUGUUUUUAUUUCCUUAUAAUAUUGCACCCGCCACCACUCAUUUAAUCUAAUUACAGGGAAUGAAAUUUGAA